AUGAGAGGUGAACGUGAGCGCGAACAGCGAAGACGAGACUCAACGCUCUUUGGACUCGAGAUUCCUGGCUUCUUCUUGUUGAACUUUCCAGACUCUGCGAUGGCCAUGAUGACUCUGCGUGUGAUCUGUCUUCUGAGCCUAAGCCUUCACAUCUGGGGAGUCACAGUGACAUCCUUCCCAGGAGAGCUUGUUUCCCUUACCUGCCCACUCACCUCUCUUCGUGAAAUGCUGUGGUAUAGGCAGAUGGAUGGCCAGCCUCCAGAGCUUCUGAUAAAGUCAUUUAAAAACCGACGAUACUUCACAUACUACAGUUACAUAGAAGAGGAGGAAGAGAUCGAGGAACACCGCUUCACGUCAAAAGAUAACCACACAUUAAUCAUCAAAAUCAUAAUAAAAAAUGAUGCCGGGAUGUACUACUGCGUUGCACCAACAACAGAGCGUUACAUCUUCUUUGAAGGAGUCAAUCUUGUUGUCAGAGAUAAACAUUGGAUUCAUCUUAUCUGGCUGUCUUCGAUUUUGGGUACCAUCUUGGUGCUGAUGACCUGUGUUACCAUAUGCUCUCUCUACAAACUAAAAUCUCUGGGAAAGCAGCCAUCAGACAAAUGUCAAAACCAGCGGGACAUGAGGAGCCGUGCAUCUGACCCCCAGGUAAAGGAACAUCGAGAAUGAAAAACGGUGAGAUGGAGGGAGGAGUGAAAAGCCUGGUGGGACGGCAGAACAUCAGAAAACAUUUUGACAAGCAUUCAGCCCCACAAAGCUUGCCAGUCCUGUCCACUACAUUUCUCCAUUAGUAAAAUCAGAGCUGAGAGUUUGAGGAAGUCGUGAGAGAGGCCUGUGCUCAUGACAGCCAUGUGUGGACUCUGAGUGGAGAGCCAUUGAGGCAGAAAGUAAAUCUUUGUAAUUUAUAGCGCCUUGCACUAUAAUUGCACAAUCAUAAUGCUCUUCACAAAGCAUUGC